AUGGGCGUUCCAUUUGCUGAGAAACUCCUAACAUUUCUCGCCGAAGAGAAAGGCAUGGAUGACAUCAAGCUGAGCAUCGUGAAGAGUAAUCCUGGCCAAAGCAAACAUCUCGAAACGGCGAAGGUCAAUCCAAUUCUUGGGUUUGAGCUGGAUCUGGUGAAUCUUAGGAGUGAGGAAUAUGCCAUCGACAGCCGGAUACCCACCGAAGUGACAUUUGGCACCCCACUACAGGACGCUCUGAGACGGGAUAUAACCAUCAACUCGCUGUUCUAUAACGUACAUUCGAAGUCCGUUGAGGAUCACACUGGCAAGGGUCUACAUGAUCUCCGCAACGGCGUUGUACGGACACCACUUCCACCCCGCGAAACAUUCCUAGACGAUCCGCUGCGAGUCCUCCGAUGCGUUCGAUUUGCCAGUCGCUUCGGCUUUGACAUGGUCCCGGAGCUCGUGGCGUCAGCUAAAGACCCGGAAAUACAGACUGCAUUCCGCUCGAAAAUCACAAGAGAACGUGUUGGCGAAGAGGUCCACAAGAUGAUGAAAGGCCGACAUCCACUGCUCUCUAUUCAAUUGAUGGACGAGCUUUCCCUCCCGCCACUAAUCUUCGACGUUCCCGCGUCCAUAUCUUCCACGUUUUCGUCCCAACCCGCACCCUAUCACACGGCCCUGGCCGCGUCAUCGGUACUGCAUCUAAUAAUCGAUGCACCGACAGAGCCCUCGUCGUCCGUAUCUCUUCCUCCCGUUCACUCCGAGCUGCUUUCUGGGAUAAGGACAGACAGCACAGCACAAUCGCGAUUGUACCUCGCCUGUGCCGUAACGCCGUAUCGCGGGAUAACAUUCACGGAUGCCAAAAAGAGAAUCCAUCCGGCUUGUGAGGCGGCCCUCCGGGAGGGCUUGAGGGUCGGGACGCAGAACCACUACCUGGAUGGCAUACCAGCGCUGUUCGGUGCCUGGGAGAUCUUGAGAGGCCCAGUCGGCGGCGAUCAGGCCACGCAAGACAGCAACAACGAGAGAGCCAGGAUAGGGUUGUUGCUGCGGGAGAAGACUGUGCAUAACCCACAUACGGGCUCACAUUGGGCUACAUCGCUCCUGUUCUCCCUUGUUCAAGACCUUGUGGAGUUGUACAAUCCCAUACAGGACCUGCUUGAUGUGGCGGAAGCAUCCAAGGUUAUCGCGAAGUACAAUGACUUCGUAGCUCGCAUCCUCGAACUCGAUUUACCAUCCGCAGUCGAAGCGAAACCCAUCUUAGAUGGUCACGAAAUCGUUCAAAUCCUGGAAGCUGGCAAGCCGGGCUCGUGGACGGGCGGCGUCCUCGCCCGCGUUACGGAAUGGCAGCUCGAAUUUCCCCAGGGAACCAAGGAGGAGUGUGCACAAUGGUUGACAGCGGAGAAGAAGGCCGGACGAAUCGAUGUCCAAACUGCUGGAGGAAGCGGGGGAGGAAGGGCAGGCAAGGAAGGCAAAAGGGCGAAAGGGGAGAGGGACGGUGCCGUUAAGAAGCCGAAAGUGGAUUGA